AGGUUCUGCCUGGCCGAUGACAGCCUCACUGCUCCGCGACAGCCGUUCCGAAUGGAGUGUGCCUGCGCUGUGACGUUGCCAUGAUCCACUGCUUCCGGAAGCCAAUGUAUUAUGUUCCUGUAAAGCAACAUCUCUGCCAAGAUAUAUAGGGUGUGAAGGAGGUAGGCACCAUUUCUUUCUCAUCCAAACGUCUAUCCUUCGUAUCAUAAACACACCUGCUCAAGCCCUACCACACGCCAUCCGUUGCACUCUCCAGUACAACACUCAAGCAGAUCAUCUGGUUUGCCUCGCAGCAAUGGCCCAGCAAAGCGCGCACCAGGUCGUCCACCGCCCUAAAGCUGAGCACCACGAUGCUGCCAACCCAGUCGAGUACGAGAACUCCAUCUACCAACGCGGCCUACACUACGAAAAGCCAUCGCUCACGUUCCGGACCACGGAAUGGCAACCACAAGCCGAAGCAGUCAUGAGCGCCCAAAGUACCGGCUACGUGAGCGGCAACGCAGGCACAGGCGAAACCUACCGCAAGAACCUAGCCGCCUUCCAGAAGUGGUCUAUCGUUCCGUCUCGUCUGGUUCCAACCCCUUCACUUCCCGAUCUCUCUGUUACGGUUCUGGACGAGAAGCUGCAAUUUCCCAUCGCUGUCGCUCCGGUAGGAGUCCAGCGAAUCUUCAAUCCUGAUGGUGAGGCGGCGUCUGCGGCUGCCGCCGAGAGGGAGAAUGUUCCGUUCAUUAUGAGCACGGCCAGCAGCACUAGUAUCGAAGAUGUGGCCAAGGCGAACGGCGAUGGAGUAAGGUGGUUCCAACUCUACUGGCCCAGUCGCGAGCACGACGACCUCACCAUCUCGAUGCUCGAACGUGCCAAGAAGGCGGGCUUCACGGCAUUGUUCGUCACGCUCGACACGUACAUCCUCGGGUGGCGACCCAGCGACAUGGACAACGGCUACAACCCCUUCCUCCGCUCCGACCCAAUAGGCGUCGCAAUAGGCUUCUCCGACCCCGUUUUCCGAUCCCAGUUCAAACAACGCCACGACAUUGAGGUCGAGGACAACAUGGGUCUUGCGGCAGCCGAAUGGACCAAGACCAUCUUCCCUGGCCUUAAUAAAUCGUGGGAGGACGUUGCGUUUCUGAAACAACACUGGGACGGACCUAUCGUGCUAAAAGGGAUCCAGAACGUCACCGAUGCUCGCAAAGCCGUCGAAGUCGGCGUGCAGGGCAUUGUUGUUUCCAACCAUGGCGGACGGCAGGUCGACGGCGGAGUCGGGAGCUUGAGCAUGCUGCCGCGGAUUGUUGAGGCAGUGGGUAAGGAUAUUGAUGUGCUAUUCGAUUCUGGGAUUAGGUGUGGAGCGGAUAUCGCGAAGGCGAUGGCGCUUGGAGCGAAGUGUUGCCUGAUUGGGAGACCGUACGUAUACGGGCUUGCGUUGAGAGGCGGUGAGGGUGUCAGUCAUGUGUUGAAGGCUUUAUUGGGAGAUUUGGAACUGACUCUGCAUUUGGCGGGUAUACCGUCGACGAGCCCCGAGCACCUCACCAGAGAGAAGCUCGUACGGGAGGAUGAGCUGUAGGACACAAGUGAUGACCAUGCAUAUGGCGGGAUCAAAAAAUAUACCGCUCCCUUUCAUCUCAUUGUGCACUGUGGUAUCGGAACGCCCGACAAAUGAAUACAGAAUGCUUUUCGUGUGGUAUGUACACUAGGUCAUCAUUGGGUAGAACGUCGAAUACAUCAAACAGAGCUGGCCAA